AUAGCACUUUGUCAUUGUAUUGGUUCGCACAGUCAUUUUUACGUAUUUUAUUGUUGUAAAGAAAAUCAAAGGAAUUUAAUUCCACCAAAAUUUCAAUUGCACUCAGCCAAUUUCUGAUCAAUUUAACAGCUUCGACAUCACAAAAGAGUUCGCACUAUGGAUUUCGGUGAUGAUUUUGCCCCAAAAGAGGAGGUCGAUCCUGCAGCAGAAUUUCUGGCUCGCGAGCAAUCCGUCCUGGGUGAUCUGGAAGCGGAAAUAACAGGUGGUGGCGGCUCAACAACACCUGCUCCCACCCUAUUAGAUGACGGUCCACUGACCGGUGGUGCCGAAUUGGGCAGCGAACUUUCCACAAAUGUCGGUGGUGGUUUGGAAUCAUCCACAGGAAGCUUUGAAGUGAUUGGUGGGGAGUCCAAUGAGCCAGUUGGAAUCUCUGGCCCACCACCAUCACGUGAAGAGCCCGAAAAGAUACGCAAAUGGCGGGAGGAGCAGAAGCAACGUCUCGAAGAGAAAGAUGUUGAAGAGGAGCGUAAAAAGGAAGAAUUACGACAGCAAUCCAAAAAAGAAUUGGACGAUUGGCUGCGCCAGAUUGGUGAAUCUAUCUCGAAGACCAAGCUCUCCUCGCGCAAUGCCGAGAAGCAGGCUGCCUCGCUAGAAAAUGGUGCAAUCGAACCGGGCACCGAAUGGGAGCGCAUUGCCAAGCUCUGUGAUUUCAAUCCCAAAGUCAAUAAGGCCGGCAAGGACGUGUCGCGCAUGCGUUCAAUUUACCUGCAUCUCAAGCAAAAUCCCAUACAGGUGCAAAAGACCGCCUAAUUGCUUGCUGUGCCGCCUUCACAUAGAUUUAAUUUAUCACCUCCCACAUUUUCAGUUGAAUAUAUAUAUGAAAAGGAAAUUGUUUAAUUGAUUGUAAAAGUAUUCGCUGUAUAUUCCAAUUAUAUAUAUUAUCUAUAUACUUUAUUCUAACAUAUUAUACAAAUUAUUGUCGCUGCUGAGAGAUGUUAUUCUUCUUUUGCUCUCAUUGAUUCAUUCUAAUGAAUGCAAUAAAGAACUAUGCACACCAAAUUCCGCCCUUUCUUUGGCGGGGUCCGGCGCUAGAGACACGUUA